GUCGUCCCAAGUUCUAGAUCCUCCCGCUCGAGCUGUUCAUCCUCGCGCUUCUCCUGUCGCAUCACCAAUUGACGACGAUAUAACGACCUCCUUUCUACCCCUCCGACCUGCGACCUCGAGUUGACUGGUCUCUCCAACAUAACGACUACCGCUCCUCUUCCAUAAACCCUUCAUCAUGGCGUCCGCAUUAUUCUUCCUCGACCUCAAGGGCAAGACCCUUCUCGCCCGCAACUACAGAGGUGACAUUCCCAUGUCGGCCGUCGAAAAGUUCCCCGUCCUCCUCUCAGAAGCUGAGGAGGACUCGUCCGCCGUCCCGCCAUGCUUCUCCCAUGAGGGCAUCAACUACCUCUACAUCCGCCACAACAACCUCUACCUCCUCGCCCUCACAAAACGAAACACAAAUGCCGCCGAGAUCCUCCUAUUCCUCCACAAGAUCGUCGAGGUCUUUACCGAGUACUUCAAGGCUCUAGAAGAAGAGUCGAUCCGCGACAACUUUGUCAUCAUCUACGAGCUCCUCGACGAGAUGAUGGACUUUGGCUACCCCCAGACCACAGAGUCCAAGAUUCUCCAGGAGUACAUCACCCAAGAGUCCCACAAGCUCGAGAUCCAGGCUCGCCCGCCCAUCGCCGUCACAAACGCCGUGUCAUGGCGUUCCGAGGGCAUUCGCUACCGCAAGAACGAGGUCUUCCUCGACGUCGUCGAGUCCCUCAACCUUCUCGUUUCCGCAAACGGCAACGUGCUCCGUUCCGAGAUUCUUGGCGCCAUCAAGAUGAAGUGCUACCUGAGUGGUAUGCCUGAGCUACGUCUGGGCCUCAACGACAAGGUCAUGUUUGAAACAACGGGUCGAGCCACCCGCGGCAAGGCUAUCGAGAUGGAGGAUGUCAAGUUCCACCAGUGCGUGCGUCUGUCGCGUUUCGAGAAUGACCGAACCAUCUCCUUCAUCCCUCCGGACGGCGAAUUCGAGCUCAUGUCCUACCGCCUCAACACGCAGGUUAAGCCCCUGAUCUGGGUGGAGUGUGUGGUCGAGUCUCACUCGGGUUCCCGUAUCGAGUACAUGCUCAAGGCUCGCGCCCAGUUCAAGCGCCGCAGUACCGCCAACAACGUCGAGAUUGUCGUCCCCGUGCCCGACGACGCCGAUAGCCCCCGUUUCCGCACCAACAUUGGAUCCGUCCACUAUGCGCCCGAGCAGAGCGCCAUUGUCUGGAAGAUCAAGCAGUUCGGUGGUGGCAAGGAGUUCCUCAUGCGCGCUGAGCUGGGCCUGCCAAGCGUGAGGGGUGAUGACGAGCAGGGAGGCAAGGGUGCAAAGCGACCUAUCCAGGUCAAGUUUGAGAUUCCUUACUUCACCACCAGUGGAAUCCAAGUGCGGUAUCUCAAGAUUACCGAGCCCAAGUUGCAAUAUCCCUCUCUCCCAUGGGUGCGAUACAUCACCCAAUCUGGAGAUAUUGCUGUGCGACUUCCCGAUGCCGUCUGAUUUCAGUCUUGAACGGCAGAGACAAACCAUUUAUUUACACAUAAACAAAUCCAUCCAACCGAGCCGUGCCUCUCAAGCAUGCCCAUCUCAACGUCACCGACAUGUUUAUGCGAUUGCUCAAGGCCUGCAUCGACAGCGCAAGGACCCUUUGUCCGAGGCUAUCAAGGGUGCAUCGAGAUGAAGGAGAUGGACAAUUGAAGGGAGCUAGCUGCAAGAGCUGAGUAGGAAAGGGGACGGGACCAUUUUAUACCGAAAACUCAGCGAGAGGAAUGAAUAAUAGAAACCACAAGAUCGAUCUUCA